AUCUAGGACAAUUUUGCUGACAAGGAAAAUGAAAAAAGUUUCCAUAUUUUCACGAUUUUAUCACUGUAAUGUCUUGAAUAAGAUAAAAUAAAAUGGAGGAAAUAGAGUGUAUACAGGUCAAGUUAGAACUUGGACAUAAGGCAGCUUUCCGUAAGAAACCUACCAAAGAGGGAUUCACACAUGACUGGAAAGUAUUCGUCAGGGGUCCUCAUGGAAGUAACAUUGAACACUUUGUGGAAAAAGUUGUGUUUCAUUUGCAUGACAGUUUCCGGAAGCCAAAGAGAGCUGUCAAGGAACCCCCGUACCAAAUAGCUGAAUCUGGUUAUGCUGGUUUCCUGCUUCCGAUUGAAAUAUACUUCAGAAACAAAGAUGAACCAAAGAAGAUUCGCUUCCAGUAUGACAUGUUCCUUCAUACCGAAGGAUGCCCACCGGUCAAUAAUGUUCGCUGUGAAAAACUCACCUUUCAGAAUCCAACAGAGGAUUUUAGAAAGAAACUGCUUAAAGCUGGUGCACUUCUUGUGACUCCUACUGGUGAACCUCUUCCAGGCCAGGUCAUUCCAUCUCCACACUCACAGAGGAGCAGCAGUGAUGAGGAACAUGUGGAUCUCGAACAUGACAACUUAUCUUCAAGAUCAUCUUCGUCCUCCAACAGUCCUGAAAGUAGUACCUACUCCAGCCAGUUUAAUGCUCCCAUCCGCCUAGAGAAAACUGAGAGUUUAAAGAAGCCAAAGUCGGAUAAGUCCAGCGGUGGUGGGACACCGAAGGAAUCGCCUAAAGUUAAAAGUAUAUCCAGCAUGACCCCUUCUGUGUUCAAGAAGGAACGGGAAAAAGAAUUCAAGGUUUCUACAUCGAAAGAACGUGAGAAGGACAAAGACAGUGAACGAACUAAAGUAGGUCACAAACGCCCAAAGGAGUCUCCUCCUCCUGGAGAGUUUGUUCCUAAAAAGUUGAAAAAGGAAGAGAAGCCAAGGGAGAAAAUUGACUCAGAUGUGAAAAAGGAGAAAUCAAGUUCAUCUUUUGUGAAAAAGGACCGCCAUUCAUCUCAGAGUCGUGAGAAAGGAAAAGAUAGAGAUCGCAGCGAUGCGAAGAAAGACAGAGAUAAAAAAAGUAGCAUUAAGGAGAAAGAUAGAAAUCGUGAGACUGAGGGAAGUGGGAGGGACAAGGGGAAAGACAGAGAAAGGGAAAGGGAUAGGGAUAGGGAUAAAGAAGGGAGUAGUAAGGGUAAGGAGGGUAAAGGGAAAAGUGACAAAGAUAAAUCUAGGCAUGAGAAUUCGUCUUCGUCACAAAGUUCAUCAAGUAGUGUUAAGAAAGAGAAGAAGUCUCCACAUUCUGAAACAUCUGAAAAAAGUUUAUGUUCUUCUAGUUCUGAUGUAAAACAUAAGGAGAAGCAUUCUCCAUCAAAAGAAUCUUCAGGUUCUAAAGAACAUAAAAAGGACCACGGUGAAAAUAAGCAUAUCUCGAAAACUAAAGAUAAGGAACGAAGUAAGGACUCAUCAGAUGCUAAACACAAGGAAAAAAGUGAGGCUAAGGAUAGAUCAAAAGAUAAAUUGUCUACUUCACAUGAUAAGGAAAGAGAAAAAGAUAAGGAGAAAAAGCAUGAUAGAGAUCAGAGUAAAAGUGAUAAGAAAUCCAAGGAGAAGUAUAAAGAUAAAGACAGUGGGAAGUCAUCAGAGGGUAAAGUGAAAGAGAAAUCUCGUGAAUCAAAACAUGAGGACUCGAAAAGUAAGGAUAAAUCUGGUAAGUCUUCGAGUGAGAAGAAGAAAGAAAGGUCUUUUGAAAGUGGGAAAGUGUCCAAAGAUUCGGUUGACUCUAAAAGAGAAAGGGAUAGUCAGAACUCUUGUCAGUCUGAGAGGAAAAGAGAUACGGAUUCAGUAUCCUUGGAUUUAGACAAUGAAUCUGUUAAAAGUUUCGAAGUCAAGUCUUCAAAAAGUGAUUCUCAGUCAAAGGGUCAUGAGAGUAAACAGAGGAGUGAAAGUAGUCAUAAGUCAUCUUCUAAAAGUCAUGAUAAAUCAUCAAAAUCUAGUAAGUCAUCCAAAAGUUCGGAGAACAAAGAUAAAAACCGAGAUUCAAGUAAAUCUAAAAGUCACAGUGGUAAGUCGACUAAGGACAAGGACGAGGAAAGAUCACACAAGAAAGACAAGGAAAAAAAAGAAGUGGAAUCGAAAAAGUCAUCGAAAGAAACACAGAAAAUAUCUAAGUCUGUUGAAAAAAGUGCAGCGAAGAAACCAAAGGAUUCAGAGAACAGAAAGCUUAUAGCAUUUAAUGAUCUGGUUAGUACUGGUGAGCAGUCAGAUGAUGAUCCUUUUGAUGUGCCAACAACUAGGGAUGAUGAUGAUGAUGCUUUAAGUGAAAGUUCUAGUAUCAGCUUCUCCUCAAUACCUGUAGGUGGCUCUGGUAAAGCUCUUGGGACGCUGAUUGCUGAAAUCGCGAAUCAGACUGAUGCAGAUGAUGAUGAUGAUGAUGAUGAUAACGAUGGUAUACUUUCACCUUUGCCAAUGACUCCUCCUUUUCGUUCUCAUAGUCGAACUGACAGUACUCCUCCAAGUUCGAGGGAGUUCACUCCUUCCCAGUCAAAGGCAGAUCCUGGCAGGUCAAUCAAAGAAAAAGAGAAAGAACGAGUUAGAGAAAAAGAAAGCGAAAGAGAAAAAGAAAGAGAAAGGGAAAGAGAUGUGGAUGAAAGGCAAUCAAAGAGCCAUUCAAAAUCGAGAAAAGAGAAAGAGGAAAAGGACUCGAAGCAGAAAUCAGAGAAACACAAACGAAAAGAAGAGUCAUCAAAAGAGAAAAAGAAGAAAUCUCAUGAUAAAGAGGAAGAGAGUUACAAAGAACGAACGAUAAAGAAAGAACAUUCAACACCAAAGAAAGAUAUCUCUCCUAAGAAGGAGGAUACUACAUUGAAGAGAUACGCUUCUCCUAAGAAGGAGAGUGCAACACCAAAGAUAUAUGGAACACCAAAGAAAGAAGAAAUAACCCUGAAGAAAGAAAGUUUGACACCAAAGAAAGAUGCAAUGAAGAAGGAAACUCUUACAAGAGAAGUGACCCCAAAGAAAGAGAAGAAAUCAAAAGAGGUGGUGAAACGAGAAGAAGAAGUGGUGAGGAAGAAAUAUUCUCCUAUGUUCACACCAACAACAGAAGAGAGUGAGGAAGAAGUCAUCGUACCUGUUGUGCCAAUUGUUGAAACACCAAAGAAAAAACGAGGGCGUAAACCAAAGAGUGAGUGUAAAGAGAAUCGUGAAUCGGGGCGGGAUGCCGACUCUGAAAAGUCAUCCCUGAAGAAGAAAGUGAAGCGUUCCAAAGUGGAGGUACAUAGUGAUUCUGAAUCGGAAGAAGUUAUUGGUACACCACGGAAAAAGAAAGGAAAGAAGGCUAGAGAACACAGGGAGAGUCCCAAAAGACUUUAUGACGAUAGUGAUGAUGAUGAUGAGCUUCCUGCUAGGCGGAGUAUCGAAGAACCUAAGCAAAAUUCACCACCACGGAGUAGGCCGAGAUUGUUUUCAACUGACUCCGAAACUGAACCAGAUAAUUCUAUAAAACCAGUGGAACAUUUAAAUGAGAUGAUUACAGAGUCGUCAGUGCUGCAAGUGGAAGAUAUCAGUCCAGAAACAAAACCUGUGGAAGAGAGUCCAAUUGUUGCUGUUGAGGAAAUCUCAGACGAUGAUAUGGACGUGGAGACCCCUGAGGAGCAAGUCUUUCAUCCGAUCAUUACCGGCAUACCGCCACCUGUGACCGAAAAACGCAGCGAGUAUUCAGACAAAUCAGUGCCACUUACCGACGAUUAUUUAUUACAAUUGGCCAGAAUGAGAGAAGUUAUGAUGGAAUCUCGUGACACAGAUCUUAUCCAAAAAAUAGUUGAUGUCUUGGAAGAAACCGGUGCUUUUUCGAUCAGUGAUUCAACAUUUGAUUUUGACCUGUGUUCCCUUGAUAAAAAUACCAUUCAAAAGUUAAUGUUUUGUCUUCAACCCUUCACAUCUGUUCAUUGAAGGAUUUUUUUCUUUUUUAUGUUUCUUUUCAUUUGGUGCUUUUUAUAUUUCAACUCUGCCAGGGCGAAUAGCUCCACUGUGUCACAUCAUGUUACCUGUAUGUUUAUAUCAGCGAAUCCUGUCCUGUCUCAAGAAAAUACUAGACUAUACAUACCCUUAUCUGGUCAGCCACCAACCCAGCAAUCAUGUUUGUGUUCCGGUGAAACUUCUAAGCAAUACCGGUACUCACACAGUUCCAUUAUGUUGGAAAAGGCCAACAAGUAUAGGCUAUUUGAAUGAUCUUAAAUGCUCUGAGGAAUUGGCUGAUACUAUUUCUUCCAUUUUUACAUUCUCAGUGUAAUACAGUCAUGCCUGCCGUUGAAUCGACAUAUAGUUAAGUUUUGGUCCUUUUGUUUUCAACCCACCAAUGAGUGAAAGGAAAUACUCUUUGCAGCUGGAGAAUGUUGGGGAUUAUCAGGUAUGACCGUAUUCUUGACUGUGUCAAAACUAAGGGUGAAAAGUGCUUGAAAUAUAACUAAAUACUGUUGACAAAUUUAUGUUGGUUGUGAGAUGUCUAUUGACAAUUGUACAUCAGUCGUUUGUUAAAUAGGCAUAUUGUACAGGUGCUCCUUGGUGGCCUAAACCCUGUCGCCACAGUAUAUUGCAUGGUGUGAAAUAACUGUACUGAGACUGCCAUUUCUGUGCCGUACUGUGGUAACAGAAACACUGUAAUGAGGUUUAAGUACUAUGCAGAUAUCCACAGAGGACAUUUAUGCUGCACCUCUGUUUGUGCAUUUUGCCAAUUCCCACAUGCUUUUUAGCUCACCUCUUAGCAGAGGUGAGCUUAUCCCAUACCGUGGCGUCCGUCGUCCGUCGUCGUCGUCGUCGUCGUCCGUCGUCGUCCGUCGUCCGUUAGCAGGGCACGUUUCGUAACUGUUAGAGCUAUUGAGUUGAAACUUGGUACACAUGUACCCUUAUGUAAUGACACCUUGGAGACCAAGUUUCGGUCCGAUUCGUUUCAUGGUUUGGCCACCAGGGGGCCAAACGUUAAAAGUGAAAAUAUGCAAUAUCUCCCUUAAUAGUAGUCGGGAAAUUUUGAAAAAAAUAUGGUAGGUACUUCUAGCAAAGGUGCAUCAUAUAUCCUCCGGGUUUUUGAUUUGACCUCCUUUUCAAGGUCACAGAGGUCAAAUGGUGUAAAUUGGCCGUUAGGAUGUAACGAUGGCACGUUUCUAAACUGCAAUGACUAUUCAUACCAAAUUUGGUACACAUUUACCUCUUAGUCAGGUGAUCUCAGGGACUGAAGUUUGGUCCAAUAUGAUUCACCACUUGACCACCAGGGGGCAAAAUCCAAAAACCUUAAAAAUGUGAUUAUUCCUUAACUUCUUGCCCGAUUGCCACCAAUUUGAUAUCAUGGGUACAUCUAACCACCAUACAGUAUAUGUCACACAGGUUUUUAAUUUGACCUUCUUGUCAAGGUCACAGAGGUCAAAUGGCGUAAAUUCGCCGUCAGGCCGUAACUAUGGCACGUUUCUUAACUGCAAUGACUAUUGAUCACAAAUUAAGUACACAUGUACCCCUUGGUCAGGUGAUCUCAGGUAUCGAAGUUUGGUGCGAUCUGAUUUGCCGUUUGGCCUCCAGGGAGGGGGCCAAAUCCUAAAUUCUUCAAAAUGCCAUUAUUCCUAGUAAUGACUUGCCCGAUUGGCACCAAUUUUAUAUCAUAGGUACAUCUAAUUCUAACAACCAUUCGAUGUGUCACCCGGGUCUUCUUUGAUUUGACCUACUUUGCAAGGUCACAGAGGUCGAAUGUACUGUAAAUUGGCCAUUUUGGGGAAAUUGUAAUUGCUUGGACCUACAUCAAACCUAACACUACAUGACACAAUACAAUGCUCUUUAUCCAUCUUUCCUCCACAUGAGGUGAGCACAAUGGCCCUGGCCAUUUCAUUUUAAUCAACGAACCUGAAUGUCUAGAAGAAACAAUGAGAAUGGCAACUUGAUUUUAAAUCAGAUAAUCUCACAUGAACUGUAUGUUUUAAAAACAUUUCGUCCUGUUUGCAUUGUGCAACUGAACUGUCUUCUGAUCUCUGAUAUUUGCUUGUUGGUGCCUACAGAGUGAGUAAAGUUGUGGGAAAGAGGUGGUUUGAUGUGAUCAGUUUAUUCAGAGAAGGGGGAAAUUACACUUCUUGAUGUUUGUACAGCUGACUAACAUAACAUUUUUGUUGCAAUUAGGUUGCCAACAAUUGAAAACUGCUUUUGUUGAUGCUGAUGUAUGUGUUUAGUAAAUACGCUGAAAUGAGGCAGGGUUGGCGCGCCCGUUCGUGGCGAAUGCUGCACAUGAUUGGCGAAUGUAAAACAAUGUCUGGCUAAAAAUUUCAAUUUGAAUUGCCAUGAUUUGGCGAGAGAGUAAUAGUGUUGUGCGAAAAUUGAUACUUCCACACCAAAUGCACCAAGGAACGAUCGUUAGUCAGUCGAACUUUAUCAUAUUUACGGGCGGCCGCGCUAUUACACGUGGUUGCUAUCGUCUGCAUUGUAGUUCUACCCGUUGCCGCUACAGUGAUUUUGGUGGCGCUGGUGGUCGCCUUACGCAUACAUUAUCGGCUAGAUUCCCGCUCGCUUCGUUGCCAUGGAGUCUCCGGUCACGAGUUCCUCGAAUCGUUCGUUGAUUUGCUAGUCUCAGUACUGGCGAGCUGCCAUUCUCGCACAUGUUAGGCCUACUAUUGGCUGGGUCGGCCCCAAGAUGGACAAACGAUCGGCAAUGGCUAGAGCUGACUCAAUAUGGCUAAAAGUGACAGCCACUUGGCUAAAGAGGAAAAGAUUCACAGAGCCAACCCUGUGAGGUACCUAUUCAGAUCAAUGUAUUUUGUCAUUGAUUAUGUGUUGCAUCCGCUAAAACUUAAGAGAGGCUAAAACCAAAAAUUAUAGCUUUUCUUAAGAUUAUUUUGUCAUCAAUGUAAAAUUGAAAACUGUCCUGGUUAUUUGACCUAAAAGCCAUCAUAAUAAGGCACAGUAGCCUCCUUUGAGUCUUCAAAGGCAGCCCUUUUAUUCUGACUCGUAGUAUUUAAAUUUUUGU